GGGCCUCCUUCCGGCUGUGUUGGGAGCCACGGGGAACGGCUGAGGACCAGGCCAGGCUGUGCAGAGGGACGAGCGAGCCUCGGGAUCCCGCUGCAGCUUUAGGAGAUGCCUGGGACUAGGAGGCCACCCUCUCAGAGCAAAAGAAAACGGAGGUGACAGACGUCGAGACCAUUAAAGGGAACCCAUGGCUAGGAUCAGUUUUUCCUACCUCUGCCCAGCCCCCUGGUACUUCACUGUGCCCACAGUGAGCCCAUUUUUCCGUCAGCGGGUGGCAUUCCUGGGACUCUUUUUUAUACCUUGUCUCCUUUUACUUCUAUUAAUCAUGGAUUUACGACAUUGGGCCACUUCGUUACCACGAGAUAGGCAGUAUGAGAGGUAUUUGGCGCGUGUAGGAGACCUCGAAGCCACCAACACAGAAGACCCAAAUCUGAGUUAUGGACUCGUGGUGGACUGUGGCAGCAGCGGCUCCCGGAUUUUCGUUUACUUCUGGCCAAGGCAUAAUGGGAACCCCCAUGACUUGCUGGACAUCAAACAGAUGAGAGACCGGAACAGCCAGCCUGUGGUUAAGAAAAUAAAGCCAGGGAUCUCCGCAAUGGCAGACACUCCGGAACAUGCUAGCGAUUACCUUCGACCUCUGCUGAGCUUCGCUGCCGCUCACGUGCCCGUGGAGAAGCACAGGGAGACACCACUUUACAUCCUCUGCACAGCGGGCAUGAGGUUGCUUCCCGAGAGGCAGCAGUUGGCUAUCUUGGCAGAUUUAGUGAAAGAUUUGCCGUUGGAGUUUGACUUCCUCUUUUCACAGUCUCAGGCCGAAGUGAUCUCUGGGAAGCAGGAAGGAGUUUAUGCAUGGAUUGGAAUCAACUUUGUUCUGGGAAGAUUUGACCAUGAAGAUGAGUCAGAUGCGGACACUUCCGUGGACUCAGCAUCAGGCCGCAGGAGGACCGUGGGGAUCCUGGACAUGGGAGGGGCCUCUCUCCAAAUCGCCUACGAAGUUCCUACCUCAGCCUCCGUCCUUCCUCCCAAACAGGAAGAAGCUGCCAAGAUCCUGCUGGCUGAGUUCAACCUGGGCUGUGACGUGCAGCACACGGAGCACGUGUACAGAGUUUACGUCACUACCUUUCUGGGCUUUGGGGGCAACUUUGCCCGGCAGCGCUAUGAAGAUCUUGUGCUGAAUGAAACACUUAACAAAAACAGACUUUUGGGCCAGAAGACAGGCCUGAGUCCCGACAAUCCCUUCCUGGACCCCUGCCUGCCUGUGGGCCUCACAGAUGUGGUGGAGAGGAACAGCCAGGUCCUUCACAUCCGAGGAAAGGGAGACUGGGCUACUUGUCGGGCGAUGCUGAGCCCGCUGCUGGCCCGCUCCAACACCAGCCAGGCCUCCCUGAACGGCAUUUACCAGUCCCCAAUCGACUUCAACAACAGCGAGUUCUAUGGCUUCUCGGAGUUCUUCUACUGCACUGAGGACGUGCUGCGCAUCGGUGGCCGCUACCAUGGGCCAACAUUUGCCAAGGCUGCUCAGGAUUACUGUGGCAUGGCUUGGUCGGUGCUAGCCCAGAGAUUCAAGAACGGCCUCUUUUCUCCACAUGCGGAUGAGCAUCGACUCAAGUAUCAGUGUUUUAAGUCAGCUUGGAUGUACGAAGUCCUGCACGAGGGGUUCCACUUCCCCUACGACUACCCAAACCUGCAGACAGCACAGCUGGUGUACGACAGAGAGGUGCAGUGGACGCUGGGAGCAAUUCUGUACAAAACCCGAUUCCUGCCUCUCAGGGACCUCCGGCAGGGAGGAGUCCGGCAAGCCCACGGCAGCUGGUUCCGCCUUUCUUUUGUCUACAACCACUAUCUCUUCUUUGCUUGUACCUUGGUGGUGCUUCUGGCCAUCGUCCUGUACCUUCUGCGCAUCCACAGAAUUCACCGCCGACAAACCCGAGCCUCGGCUCCAUUGGACCUGCUGUGGAUCGAGCAAGUGGUGCCGAUGAUUGGGGUGCAGGUGGGGCCGUGAGGCUGGAGCGGAAGUGGAGGACCUCCAGUUCCUUCGGAUUGCUGCUGCUGUUGCUUACCGAAUUCCUCCACUCUCUCCAGCUGGCCUCCGAUGCUGCUUUGGCCUGCGAAUUUCUACUUUUUUCACUUUAAAUUUCUUUUUGGUGCCCAGGACGGGACCUCUUUCAGAAGCCGCAAUUUAACUUCAAGGAACUAAAUGUCGAGAGGCUGGUGCUAAGCUUAGCCCAAAUGAAGCAUGCUUCUCCUUUAUCUCAGAAAUCUGAUCUAUUUCUGGGACGUAGCAUUUCCCCCCCCUUGCUGAAGCAAGUUUUUGAUUGGGCAACCGGAGGCAUGGUUGAAACCAGUUUGGAUUGACUGCUACAAAGCCAGAGACAUUCCAGCAAGCGCAGUUGCCCCUGUUUUCUCUGUAACAGAGAGAUGCUUAUGUGGAGAUCCACAGCCUUGAAUAGGGACCCGAGAUCUCUGAGGUUCAGUGGACCAGAUUUCAAGGCAACCAAAAUAAUACAACUUCCUUGCUUACUUGACAAGCCAUUGUGGGUGUGCUCCGAAAUCCCUGGCAGUGUUGGUGAUUUUGUUAUAUAGAUCUGAGAGGUUAGAGCGCCUCUGAAAUGAAUGACUUAGUGAAGAUCUGACAGUAUUUGUUCUGAUACUUGGUCUGACCAGUAUAGAAAACAUUUCCAUGUCUAUGUGCCUCACAGGCUGCUUGGGCAGUAAUGUUGCCUUUUGAGCCUUAAGUGUGCUUAUAGAAUGGAGAAGCCGUGAUGGGAUCCGGGGACCUAGGUUUGCCUGUUUCGGGUUACUGUCUCACAGGCAUAUGUUGUGCAGAAGCUUCAAAGUGACUUCCCUCAUUUCACUGCUAAGAUCUUAUGUAUAUUUUGGUAAGGGAUGUUUUUGUUUUGUUUUAAGAAAGAAUAGCAUCAGGAGAGUGGUAGAAUUUGCUCUAUAGACCAGGCUGGCCUCGAACUCAAACUCACAGAGACCUGCAUCUUCCUCCUGAGCACUGGGGAUUAAAGGCGUGAGCCAUCGUGCCUGGCUUAAAGUCAAAAUUCUUACUUUUUUCUUUUCUUUUCUUUUCUUUUCUUUUCUUUCUUUUUCUUUUCUUUUCUUUUUUUUUAGAUGCUUGAAAGACAGCAAAUUCUAAACUUGGAAUAACUAGAUAAAUCUGCCACGGAGCCACCUGGCCACUUUCUGGAUGUCUGUCACAAAUAGCUCUCCCAUUAAUGAGGAGAGGAAAGCCAUAUUCCCGAUGUUCUCACCCACUGCCUCUUGGAAACUGGCUUCUCUGCAGCCAGCCUUUCAUGUAGUCCGUGAUCAUUAGCUCUUCCCUGCCCCCAUGGAUUCCUUUUUAUUUUCUGGAAAAAACCAUGAGGGCCUGCCUGGGAUUGUUCCCAGGGCUGAAGCAGUAGUUUGAUUUUUUUUCUUUUGGGGAGUAAGGCAGGUCUUAUGAGCCCAAUUGUCUAGGUAGACGAGGCCAGCCUUGAACCCCUGAUCUUCCUGCCUCCAUCUCUUUGAAGUGCUGGGUUUAAAGGUACGCGUCACCAGGCCUGGCUCAUUUUCUUUUCAUUUUGCCAAAGCCUUUUAUUUCUAUGGUUAGAAGACAGAAGAAAAAAAGUCUAAAGAAUAAAAAUGAAUUUCUUUGAAAAUAAAUUCCUACUGGGAACAGAAGGAAAUGAGAUGAAUUAUGAAAUAGAGAAAAAAAGUCAAGAUGGUCUUAGGGAUAACCCAAUGUGAGGAUGAAUGUAUUGACUGAGCCAUCAGACAAGUUCUCAAUUAUCAUCAUCUUUUCUCCCUCCUCCUCUUCCUCUUCCCUCCCUCCUCCUCUUCCCCCUUUCUCCUCCCCUCCCUCUUUUUCUUCCUCCUCUCCCUCCCUCCUCCCCC